UUUGAUGAUGCCCAUUACAAUGCUGGCCAUCAUGUGUGCUGUGCCGUACCUCUUAUCACCGUCCGAACCAGAGAAGUUGAUGGUAGCCAUAACAGUCCUGCUAUCCUUUACUGUCAUCAUGGACUUUAUUUCUGGCAGAAUACCACAGAAUUCAGAGCAUGUUUCCAUUUUAGGUAACGUAAAACUAGUAAGAUUAAUAUGUUAUAUCUAACUAAAGUGUAUUAUAGGAAUCAAGUGUAAAAAAAAACUUACUUCUGUACUUAUGAUCUUUGAACACUCCACAAGCUUUUGGUUUUCAAAUUGUUUUUGUUUAUAUUUAUUUUGUUUCGUUUUUACACUAUACAAAGUGAUAUUUCUUCAUCGCGACAGAUUUUGAUCAUUUGUUGUAGAUAUCCUGUUUAGUCUUGGCAAACCUUUCAGUAAACUUUUAAUGUGUUGAAUAUUGAACAGAACUGUAGUGACGACAUAGACAAUUACCUGUCUAUAUAUUUGUUCCACGAUAUUUUCAGUGAUCUACAUGACCUUACUUUUCAUCCAGUCUUUCCUGAGCGUGGUUUUCAACGCCAUUGUUCUCAUCGUGAACAUCUUGGACGAGCGUCCUCACAGUCCGCGUCACAUCAACAAAGACAUAACAACUUCUGAGGUCGUUCACUUCACAGAGCAGACGACUCCCUCCAAAAAGAGGCUCGUGAACUUCCUGCUUGGACAUGGAGCAUUGUGGAAAAUGUGCUCAAAGUUCACUGCUAAAAUCAAUCCGCCGAGUCAAGACCAAGCAGACAAACCAAAGACAAUGUCAAGAGCUUACAUACUAAA